ACUGAAUAAUUUUGCAUAUAUAGCCUUGAAUUACUUUUUGAUUCCUGAUCGACCUGUGUAACAUAUGUACAUGAUCGAUUUAAUUUAAGGCUACGUGUACAUUGAUUUGAGUCAAUACUUUAUUAUAAACUUGUUUUUAUUAUUGCAAUUACUUCUACACCAACUAUGGCUGAUCAGUAUGAUAAAUUAUCAUGGAAAGAAGUACGAGACAUGUUCAGAACAUGGAGAGAAGAUAGUGAACGGCGAAGUAAAGAUGUAGUUGAUCUGUGGGAGUCUAAAUUAAUGGCAAAAAUUGAUCAACUUGGCAAUGAAAAGUAUCUGGUUUUGGAACAAGUCUGCAUAGCCGCAUUGGAUUGUGAUCGUCAUUCUUUAGCAGAAUAUUGCAUUAAAAUAUUGAAAAGAGAAUUUCCUAGCAGUUUAAGAGUCCAUAAAUAUCAUGCUAUGCAUCUGGAAGCUUUGGAAAUGUAUGAUGAAGCAUUAGAAGUUUUGGAUUCUAUUAUAAAAAGAGACGAAACAAAUGCAGCACCAAGAAAAAGACGUAUAGCUAUAUUAAAAGCGAAAGGUCGAAUAUCAGAAGCUAUUAAAGAACUUACAGAAUAUUUAAAAAAAUUUAUGAGUGAUCAAGAGGCAUGGCAUGAAUUAUGUGAUCUAUAUUUACAAGAACAAGAAUAUUCCAAGGCUGCAUUUUGUAUGGAAGAACUUAUAUUACAUAAUCCACAUAGUCAUUUAAUUUAUCAGAGAUAUGCAGAAAUAAAAUAUUCUCAGGGUGGAUUUGAAAACAUGGAAUUAGCAAAAGCAUACUUUUGUCAAGCUGCAAGAUUAAAUCCAAAUAAUAUCAGAGCUUUGUAUGGUUUACUGUUGGCAACCAAUAAUAUUGCCACAUCACCUAAAUGUCCCUCUUCUAAAAAGAAAGAUGCAAUAAAAUUAAGUGAAUGGGCAGCUAAUCAAAUUGAAAAGCAAUAUGAAUCAAAAGUGUCAGAUGAAAAUAUUAAAACACUUGAAGGAUUAUUAGGUCAGUUGCAACUAGAAGUUUAAGUAUACAAAUUUAUAUGUAUGUAUGUUACUGUAAUAUAUGUAAAUGUACUGUUCAUUCCUUACAAUUUACACACAUAUAUAAUUUAUUAUUUGAUACAAAUCUUUUGACAUAAA